AUGGGUUGUUCAUUCUCGAAAACAGUUUCGAAGAAUCACAAUCUCGAUCUCGAUACUUUGCGAUGCGUUCAGUCUCCACAACCAAGGCUUUUGCCUGCCGCGUCCCGCAGCGUGGAUUCUGUGAAGUCCAUCCUAUCUUCUCAGCCUCAGCUGCCGGUUGAACUCCUCGACGAAAUUAUAAUCUUUGUCCUUGGUGAUUACUUUAGAGAUCUCAUCCUCGUUCCCCAGCCUAGCGAGAGCUGGAGCGCCGUCUUUAGCCUUCUGCAAACAUCGCAUACAUUUCGAGCUUGCACACUGCGCAUCCUGCGGUAUGUGUUCGGUGGAAGCCUUACCGACUCGGAGGAUAGAAUUAUACGUCAAUAUACCAUAGUGGCUUUCACGUUUCCGCUCAUUUCGAUGCUGGAGAGCUUCAUGGAAGGAGAACUACCAAAAGGCCCCAUCGCACUGCUGUCUGCCUCCUACACUUCUCGCAUCAUCUGCAAGCGGCUUCUUGAAUGGGAAAAGGGCCACUCGUUGCGCUCGAUACUUUCAAAGCUGCUGGACUCGACGUACUAUCUGGGCACUUUCUCACACGAAGAUUGGUUCGAUAGUGUGGAUUAUCCAGGCGGGCAGACACAUGUAUGGGCGGAUUGUUAUUCACUUCAAAUCAGCGCUUCUUGGGCAGAUACGCUAACCUCGGUUAAGGAUCUGAUCUCGGCCAUGUUUAUGUUGGACGAAGCGAAAGAGACGGGUUUGCGACCCGACAACCUACCAACGCUUCCUGAAACUGUCCUUCGGGAGGUGGGCUUCUACAAGAUCAUGAGCUCCAUGAAAUUUUACGAGGCCAACUCUGAGUUCCCCCACGUCGUCGAUUUUUGCGCAACGUUACACAAGCAUAUGCUGUCGUUUCUCAUGGAGAAAGAACGGGAGAUUUACAUGGCUACAUGGGCGCCCAGCGACGAUGACGGGAAAUGCACUUUCACAGGGUUCCUCACAUUGGAUUUGAAGGCUCCAAAUCGCCGACAGCUUAUGUUGGGUCUUGAACUGAUCUCAACAGUCACCACUGGGUGA